AUGCACUUGAUUGUUGCAAUAUUCUGCAAAGUAAAAGAGAUCCCAGAGUUGUUUAUCAUCGGAAGGCCAGAUAUGACGAUUGUGACUUUUGGCUCUAACAUGAUUGACAUAUUUGAAGUGAACGACAUACUGUCAUCUAAAGGUUGGCUUUUAAAUCCGUUGCAGAGACCCAACAGCAUUCAUAUAUGUGUGACCCUUCAACAUGUACCUAUUGUUGACAAAUUCCUGAAAGAUGUAAAGGAUUAUGUGGAAACUGUGAAAGAAAAGUAUGGGCUAGUAAAUAGAGGACUUGCACCGAUAUAUGGUGUAGCUGGGAAGAUCCCAGAUAAAGGAAUAAUGAACAAAUUACUGGUAGACUUCAUGGAUAAUGCUUGA